AUGCAAGUCUUGGAAGAACAACAACUCAUGGUGGUUUCUAAGGAUCUUACACAACAACAAGUCAUAAAAGGAAAGAGAACAAAGCGUCAAAGGUUGCCUUCUCCACUAAGGUUAGCCAUGUCUUGCGAUGAAGGAACAAGCUAUUACGAAAACAAUAAUCACGAUCACAACGAGCGAAAUUCAAAAGGAAUUGAUUUCACGAUAAUAAAAUCGUGUGACCGAUCAGAAGAAGAAAAAGAAGAAGAAGAUAUGGCAAAUUGUCUUAUCCUAUUAGCUCAAGGUCAUCAUUAUCGUCGUCAGGAACAUCAUCCUGACAACGAUAACAAAAGAUCUUCAAAUUUUUAUCUUUACCAAUGCAAGACAUGCAAUAGAUGUUUCCCAUCCUUUCAAGCACUUGGUGGACAUAGAGCAAGUCAUAGCAAACCUAACAAACCAAAUUGUAGCAAUAAUGUUACAAGAACUUUUGUUGAUGAUCAUUAUGAUCCAACCAUGAAUACUAUACUAUCAUUACAAGCCUUUACGGCCGCAACCCCGAUUACUACUAUUACCACUAGAACUACUCCUACAAAAAAGUCGAAAGUUCACGAGUGUUCGAUAUGUGGCGCGGAAUUCUCAUCGGGGCAAGCAUUGGGAGGACAUAUGCGUCGACAUCGAACACUCGUGAACACGUCGACAACAACAACCGCGACAACAACUUCUUUGAGUAUGAGUAUUGGUAGCCCUAAAUCUCAUGAAGCUAAGAAACCAAGAAAAGUUUUGAAGUUGGAUUUGAAUCUUCCAGCUCCUGAAGUUGAACAAAGAGAUCAAUCCAAGUUUUCCUUUCAGCCUAGAGAAAAUGUUAUUGCUUUCUCUAGUAAUUCUUCUUUGGUGGAUUGCCAUUUCUAA